CUGGAAACUGGGGCCUGAUCAGAGUCUUGCCUGUGGGGGGGACGCCUUGCCCAGGACCUCUUUCGAUCAGCACUCCCGCCUAGCCGUGUCAGUUAAAGGGACUCUCCCUGGUGUAAGGGCGUGGAUGUUGUCUGUAGAGAACAGAGAUCUUGUCAUCAAAUGAUGAAACUUACCUGAAAACAAGAACACUUGGCCUUGGACUCACAUAUGGAAUGCUAAUGUUCAGAGACUCAAGUAGCCUUACAAAUCUGUGGAGGGGCUUUAAGUCCUAAGAAAUCAGAUGUGGAUGUGGAAAGACAGAUGGACUCCAGAUCUGGCACUGUGUUCUUACAGUUCAGGAGGCAGCCUUGGGUUUAAGGGAGAAGGAAGAAGACCAUCCUGCAGAGUUUCUCGAUCUUGUUCUGGGAGCAGCUGGUCCGGGAAACAGAGCCAGAUGCCAGUUUGCUUCUAACAGGUCAGCUUACCCAUCUGAUGUGCCCUUACGUCCUUUCUGUCCUGGUGACCAAGUGCUGCUGAAGAUCUGGAGGGAACAAGGACCUGAAAGCCAACUGGCAGCUAGAUGGAUGGGCCCUUUUGAUGUACUGCUAACCACACAUUCAUCUGUCAAACUCGCCGGAGUAAAACUGUGGGUGCAUCACUCUUGAAUAAAAGAGGCUGUAAUCACACAGGAAAGUAUAUCUCUUGACAGAAGGGACAAUUGGCAGGUUGAACCUUUUGAAGAGAUAAAAUAUGUAUUCAAGAAGAAACCUUAGUCUUUUAUGCUCACUUUCUUUCCUUGUUAUCACUCUAGCCUGGGAAGACAAUGCUUUAGUCCGCAUCACCCAGGCUAUUGCAUCCUCUACUAAUGUCACAGACUGUUGGAUCUGCCAUCCCAAGCCCUCUUCCGUUCUUGGGGACCCUUUGGUCCGGCCCAUAUAUAACUUUUCCCAGCUGCCUCCAGACUGGACCAAAAGACCAGUAACCAAAAGAGUUAUCUACCGUGUCAGGAUAGCUCAAUUUUCCACAGAAAAACAGGGAACCCUUCCCUGCCUCACCAUCCCCUUAAAAAGGGGAUAUCAUAAAUAUAUUAUGUUCCCUCCAGUAAAUAAUACACUUCCCUUGUGUAUAACCACCCCGAUCGAAAUUCCUACGUAUGGAUUUGGCCAUCAAGAAUUAAGGGACUCCUUACUGUCCCUUUCAAACAAAAGAUCUCACCUAUGGACCUUCAUUUCGGGCACUAAGGGACCCCAGAUAAUUCAACAAGAAAAGGUACUCUAUGUUAUGCGUGGUAACACUGUCACCUUGCAUUGUGUCUUAACUUCUUCAUUUCCAGUGGGUCCCAUCGUGUGGUUUAGGGAAACUGAAACCAGCCGGGAACUAUUCUUCCGCUUUAAUGGAGGUCAUUUCCCUCGGGUCACAAGUAUUGCAGAUACCACAAAAAGAAAUAAUUUGGAUUUUUCAAUCCGCAUCAAUAGUGUUACCUCCCUGGAUGCUGGAUUUUAUUUCUGCACAAAGUUUCGAAAGGGAAACCCUGAUAUCAUGAUUAAGUCUGGCAUAGGUACCCAACUCAUUAUAAGUGCCAGACCAUCCCCCUCUAUAAUACAGAUUACCCCAAGAGAGCCCACAGACUCGAGUUUUCCAGGUCACAAUUGGGUAGAAAAGGCCGCACUGGCUAUCAGUGUGGACAACGACCACAUGUAUUGUCCCCCUGAAGGUUAUGUAUUUAUAUGCAAUCGUAAUGGGAUACCUUGGGCAUACAACUGCCUAUGGAGCCCGGCAGAUUCAGGACAAUGUCUAUUGGGUACUUUAAUAAUACCUUUUAGCUUACACUCUAAUGAAGAAACGAGACAUUGGACAAGUUCCCUGAAGUUGUUCACCAGAGUUAACCAAGACUUGCCCAGCAGAGUUCCUGAUGGUGAUGCUUAUUUCUUUGGAUAUAGUCUACCCUGGUGGGGAGUAGCUACCCACGAACACGUUCUCCGAAAUUUAUCCCGUACCCUUGAAAUUAUAGCUAAUGAAACUGCUAACUCUCUUGCUAAUUCACAAACUUCUCUUGACUCUUUAGCUAAAGUGAUUUUGGGUAACAGAAUAGCUCUGGAUUACACACUUGCUGAACAAGGCGGUGUAUGCAUGGUGGCUAACACCACCUGCUGCACCUAUAUCAAUACUUCUUCCCAAGUGGAAACCAGCAUUAGUAAAAUAAGGGAACAAGCCACCUGGAUACAUCCACUAUAGACCAUCAAACCCCUUUUCUUUCAGAUCUAGGUGACUGGUUUAGUAACCUCUUCUCUCAGAUACCAGCUGGGAUGCAAUCAAUCCUUGUGGGUAUAAUAAAGGGGGGGGGGCUCACCUUAUUAUUAGUAAGUCUAUCAAUAUACUUAGUUAUUAGAUUGGGAAUGAAAUGUAUAUCUACAUUGACCACCAAGGUUUCUGGGUCAAUAGCACCACAACUCCCCCUUAGAAACCCCCCGGCUCAUUUUAAGAAGAGAGUGACUCUCUUCCAUGCUAUGGUCCCCUUACGUCGCCCUGAUCCAGCAGGAAGUAGCCAGACUGAACACGACGACCCUACUUCCUACACCAGCGUUUGAUUAUGCCGGGGGUGUAACUGAGAGGGGGAAAUUGCUGGUGCCACUGCGUUAAUUAAAACCAGCCCAGUCAAAAGUUAGCAUAAGAGAAGCCAUCUUAUAGAAGGAAGCCAUGUUAUGACUAUGUAUGACCAUGACUCACCAGUCCCCUUUAGAAAUACUUUAGUUUGCAUGUAGCUUAGAUGAUUGAGCACCUGUAUCCAGAAAGAUACGCAUGCUCUGUUAGUUUAAUGGCCCUUGCUUACGCAUCUACCUCCUUGCUGCUAUAAGGCAAUAACUUUGUCCUUUAAGUUUUCCUCAGGAAUAUAACGACCUCUGGGAAGAAAAUUUUAUAUCGGUAUCCAUCACUGGUGAUGGAGGAAAGAGAUGAUAUGGUGUCUCAAGGUCUGCCACACAGAUGGUCGACAUUCCAACUUCCCCCCCCUUUUAGCCCAUUUGCCUUAUAUACCUGCCUCAAGAUUUUG